CUUCGUCUCCGGGUCUCUCUCUCCUUCUCUUCCCAAACACAGCAGACCCUGCCCAUUUAUUCCUUUCUCACCGUUCUCUCUGUGGAUUCUGUUUUAACAAAGUAGGACUUAGACAAUGGACAGCUCUCUGUGUGGACUUGGAUGCUGACACUUCUCUCUAAGGCUGCCUGGAAAUUCAUGUGAAAAGGUGCUUGUGCUCCUUCUCCCUGUGAAUGUCUGUCGCCAUGGCGAAGCGUGAGACGGGCAGCACCAGCCCAGUGGUUCGGCAGAUAGACAAACAGUUCCUGGUCUGCAGCAUCUGUCUGGACCACUACCACAACCCUAAAGUCCUGCCCUGCCUACACACCUUCUGUGAGAAAUGCCUCCAGAACUACAUCCCCCCUCAGUCUCUGACACUAUCGUGUCCCGUGUGUCGUCAGACGUCCAUCCUGCCAGAGAAGGGCGUGGCCGCGCUGCAGAACAACUUCUUCAUAACCAACCUGAUGGAGGUGCUGCAGAGGGACCCAGAGUGUUCUCCUCCAGAGGCCUGCAGUGUGCUGGAGUCAGUCAGUGCUGCUGCCGCCUGCCAGCCGCUCUCCUGCCCCAACCACGAGGGCAAGGUGAUGGAGUUCUACUGCGAGUCGUGUGAGACUGCCAUGUGUUUGGAGUGUACUGAAGGAGAGCACAGGGAACAUGUGACUGUCCCUCUGAGAGAUGUCUUGGAGCAACAGAAAGCAGCCCUGAAAACCCAGCUGGAUGCCAUACGCAACAGGCUGCCCCAGCUGAGGGCUGCUAUAGAGCUGGUAGGGGAGAUCUCCAAGCAGCUGACUGACAGGAAGAACGAGGCGGUGACAGAGAUCAGCAGUACCUUUGAGGAGCUAGAGAGGGCGCUACACCUCAGGAAGACCACCCUCAUCACUGACCUGGAGAACAUCUGCUGCACCAAGCAGAAGGUGCUCCAGGCCCAGCUCUCCUCGCUCCUGCAGGGUAAGGACAACAUCCAGAGCUGCAGUAGUUUUACGGAGCAGGCUCUGAGCCAUGGCAGUGCUACAGAGGUUCUGCUGGUCCAGAAACAGAUGGGAGAGAGGGUCAGCGCCCUGGCCCGACACACCUACCCAGAACAGCCCCAUGAGAACAGCCAUCUUGACUGCCAGGUAGAGACAGAGGGUCUUCGUCGUUCCAUCCAGAAUCUGGGUGUGCUCAUCACCACAGGAGCCGUAGGCCACACCUCCGUCGCCACGGGAGAGGGACUACGCCAUACCCUGGUUAGCCAGCACACCACUGUCACCGUGACGACCAAGGACAAGGACAGUGAGCUGGUGAAGACGGGCAACGCGGUGCUGCGGGCCGAGAUCGUGUCGAUGGAUGGGGCGGUAACCACGGAGACAGAGGUGGUGGAUAAUAAGAAUGGGACGUAUGAGGUGGGCUAUACCAUGCGCUCUGAGGGGGAGUUCUCCUUCUCUCUCCUCCUGUACGAGCAGCCGGUCAGGGGCAGUCCGUUCCGGCUGCGUGCUGUCAAGCCCUCGGACGUCCUGCAGUCUCCAGACGAUGUGAAGAGGAGGGUGAAGAGUCCUAGUGGGACGGGGGGCCACAUCAGGCAGAAGGCUGUGAGGAGACCCUCCAGUAUGUACAGCACCACCAAGAAGAAGGAGAACCCCAUCGAGGAUGAACUCAUCUACAGAGUCGGAACCAGAGGGAGAGAUAAAGCAGAGUUUACAAACCUCCAGGGAAUCUUCCAGCAACGGACAGGUGAGACUACAGCCAACAACCAGUGUAUACAGGUCUUCUCAAACGAUGGGGCAUUCAAGCUGAGGUUUGGGGUCAGGGGUCGGUCGCCGGGGCAACUGCAGCGCCCCACUGGGGUCACCGUGGAUAUGAACGGUGACAUCAUCGUGGCCGACUACGACAACCGCUGGGUCAGCAUCUUCUCCUCCGACGGAAAGUUCAAGAGUAAGAUCGGUGCUGGUCGUCUGAUGGGCCCUAAGGGCGUGGCGGUGGACAGGAACGGACACAUCAUCACCGUGGACAACAAGGCCUGCUGCGUGUUCAUCUUCCAGGCUAAUGGGAAGCUGGUCACCAAGUUUGGAGCCAGGGGGACGUCAGACAGACAGUUCACAGAAAAAAGUGGAACAAACAUUUCACUGGAACCAAAGCUGAGUAAAUCUGGCCCUGCGUUCAGUCCCCACUUUGUGGCGAUCAACAACAAAAAUGAGAUUGUGGUAACAGACUUCCACAAUCAUUCGGUGAAGGUGUACAGUGCAGACGGGGAGUUCCUGUUUAAGUUUGGUUCCCAUGGCGAGGGGAACGGACAGUUUAACGCCCCGACGGGCGUUGCCGUGGACGCCAACGGGAACAUCAUCGUUGCUGACUGGGGGAACAGCAGAAUACAGGUGUUUGAUAGUUCCGGGUCGUUCCUGUCCUACAUCAACACCACAGCAGACCCUCUCUAUGGUCCACAGGGCCUGUCUCUCACCUCUGAUGGACACGUGGCUGUGGCUGAUUCUGGCAACCACUGCUUCAAGGUUUACCGCUACUUGCAGUAGCCAUUGCUUUAGGGACGGUCUGUUGCAGGCCUACCACUACCAGGCUACGUCCCAAAUGGCCCCCUAUUCCCUUCAUAGUGCACUACUUAUUACAAUAAACCACAAAAGUAGUGCACUAUGUAGGGAAUAAGUUGCCAUUUGGGAUGUACCCCAGAUCCGGGCCAGACAGACAAACCAACCACAGCCUGACCUGGGUCCCAAAAAUAGGUCAAAUACUUGAAAGUAUUUGAGAUGUGCUUGAUUUAUCUAUUUAUUUGAGUUUGCACUUUUGGGACUGUUUCAGGCAAACGAAAUCAAGUGCAGCGCUUGGAAGUAUUGGAAAGCAUUUGAUCUAAUGUAUGUAUUUUUGCCCCCAGGUCAGAGCACAUGUGCUAUCACUGAGCAACGACACAAUAAUAUACAGGUGCAAUGAGCUUUCCCAUAGCUGUCCCUUUGAUUUCCACAUCAUCCAGUUAGUGUUCUCUGAACCCCCCCAACAUCAUGAAGUAACAAUAUAACCCCUGUUUACUCCAUGUGGUGUGUUAUGGAGUUUACUUUGUCCCAAAUGGCACCCUAUUCCUUAUGUAGUGCACUAUGUAGGGAAUAGGGUGCCAUUUGGUAUGCAUCCUAUGUGUGUAGAGUCUAUUUACCUCUUUGUUCGGUCAUUGAUGUAAAACUAUGAGGAGGUAUGAAGUGUGUAUAUACUGUAACUGAUAUGAGACCUACACGACGUUCAGAUCAGUGAUAGAUUGACGUAUAAUAGAGCCAUGUUGUGAAGGAGCUGGUCCCAAUGCAUGACGUUGUAUUACCUUGUCAGCUCAGUCAGGAUGACAUAACAGUGGAGUUCAUGAACUCAUCAGUUGUUUCUUCUCCAUGAUAAGUGCAAUGAACGAUGUGCUUACAGUGAAACCAACCAACGCAAAAGCUUUUGAAACAAUGUAUUUCUCAGUUAUCUAAGAACAAACUGACUAAUCUAAAGCCAUCUCACAUAUAAAAGGUCAUCACCAUCUGUGCAUUGAUUUGCUGUAUGUACUGUGUAUGCAUAACUGUGUAAUGGAUCAUUAUGCAGCUUUAUCUGUGCAUUGAUUUUAAAACAUAUCUUUUGGUCAUUCCGAGAACAGCAGUCUAGCAUUCCAGCGUUUCUAACUAAGUAUGGCAGCUGUCCUGAAGUGUGCUUUUUAAAACAGUUCAGCCGGAGAAGAGAUGUCAUGAUUAUGGCAUAUGUGAGCAGCACAAUUAUUACAAGUACAAAAAUUAAAAAUGGAAUUGCUCAUUUAUUUUAUACACUAGCUCAGUAUUUACAAAUUAUUUUUCUAAUUUGUUUUAUUUGUAUUUUUUUUUAAAUUCACGCCUUUGUCAUUUGUCUCAAUAUACAGAAAAAAAAACUAACCACUUGAGGGGACUUUUCAGAGUCGAACAAACAUGAACAUGAACAUGCAAAACUACAUUAAAUUUGACUAACUUGUGGUUUUCAAUCUUAAAUAAACACAGUCAACAGAAUGACCGUUUAUUUAGUUGGUCUUCAGAAGCUGAAACCACAGUGUGAAUGUUUCACAGCUUCAGUGUGUGUUAAAGGACUAGAGCUAUGUUUCAUUGCCUUAUCACAGUUCAUUACCAGGUUAUAGCAUUUCAUUACCAGGUUAUAAAAGUUCAUUACCGGGUUAGAACUAUUGUCCUGAGGGAAACAUUAGCAUUUGACGAGCUACAAUGGAACACCCCCUGGUUUUCAUCACUGUAACAACACAACAGAGUCCCUAUAACCUCUGACGUCAUGAAGCCAAACAGCAGCCAGACAGAUUGUAGCCAAUCACAGGCUAUUUUAUUAAGGAGUAUUAGACACAUCACAGUCUAACUUUGUUUCAACAAUAUGUCUCUCAAUCUUCUUUCUCUGUGAAUAUGCACGGGUAAUAAAAGCACAUGGUUUAUGGAGA